GCAUUGCGUUGUAGGCUACCAUGAGCACCUUGAAGAGAGCAUCUCGACUGGUCCGGAAGGAGAGUUCGGCACAACUGGCUAAUAUGCAAGCGGUCAGAGCUUCGACGAGAAAGAACACCAAAAUCACGUUGACGCAAUAUUCCGCCGCACAACCGCGUUCAACAUCAACAACCAUCGAGGCGGCCGAAGUGGCCGGGGUGUCAUCUCUGCGUCCUGCUCGACUCCCAUCAAAUGCCGGAAACAUGACUACAACAUCGUACUCGUCCUUAUGCGGUGCGUCCGGAAGGAUAUUGGUCGGCGCGAGGUUGGACACGUGGUGCGGCGGUGGCAGCGGUGGCAGCGGUGGCAGCGGUAGGAGAAGGGGGAGCAGUUUGACCGCACGUUCGUCGGUACCGAUGGGAGGCGCCAGCAUGAUUGGUCCGGGGGCGGGAGAGAUUGUAACAUCCAUGGGUGUCGUAUCCAUGCAGAGGCAGGGCAUGUCAUCGACGACCAUGUCGGAGCAGGAGUUCCACUCGGUGGCCGACGAAGCCCUCGAGGAGAUCCAUGACGCCGUGGAGGAGGCUCUAGAAGAAGGCUUCGAGGACGACUUCGACUGCACCAUGUCGCAAGGCGUCUUGAACAUCAUUGUGGGUGACCGAGGCACGUGGGUACUCAACAAGCAGUCGCCCAACCGCCAAAUCUGGUGGUCGAGCCCGAUCAGUGGGCCGAUGCGGUUCGAGUACCACGAAGAGAGCAAGCGAUGGUUGAAUACUCGGGACGGCGAGACCGAGCUGCGGGUCCUUUUGGCGACGGAAAUGGGCGAAAAGUGCGGUGUUUCUGUCUAAGACGGCACACUUCGUGAGCUCUCGUCUCCCUCAUGAGAGUCAUGAGAGGCCUGAAAGAGUGGAGGAACCACACUGCACAUCCUAGCCGUAGUUUGUGCGAAGUUUUUAGCGGCGGAGACGAGCAGCAUGUGCUCAACGAGACGAGGGCGACUGUUGUUGGCCUUCUUCCAGACGCCUCGUCAUUGUUGAAUCAUCCAGCCUUCUAGCAGAGAGUGAAGCAGAGUGUGCGGAGGUGCGGCUUCAGUUGAAUGCGGAAGCGUCCUCCGCCUUAUGGUCUUUGUGCGGCGUGAUUGCCGGGAAGUCAUCCCGAUCGCACCAGCGUUACAUUAGCUAGGCAGGAAUAGCGGGUGGUCUCACGGGACUGCGGCGGUUGAAGCUGGAAGUGAUGCUCAAGCGCAAUGCAUUCAACUCGUCGGACGAGAUGGGCGCGCACGACCUAUCAAGCUCCUUUACAUUCUUUACCGACCUUGAAGGGAAACGUAAACGUCGGCGUCUUGGAUCAACCAGGCUCAUGGCUUCACAUUGAAAGCAAGGCAGUUUGCGAUGUCGGGCACUUGGGGCAUGUCGCCCAAAAACAUUUGUUUGAGUGGGCAAGAUGACGUGGACAAAUGUUGGUGCGGUGAGUAUAAAAAUGCUGUGCUGAGUCAGGAUUAAGCACUCACGCGGCU